CGUACGCACUUCCAUUGCCCGCGCGCAACACACGCACGUUCGUGUGUGCAGACCCACUACCGCCACCACCACCACCAAGACGGCGGUAGUAGUAGUAAUAGUAGUAGUAGUAGUAGUGACGACGACCGCCGUCGCGUACAGUACUACAGUCUCAUCCGCACCGGCGCCGGUAGUGAACGUGGUGCGCGUGGUCGUUACAUCCGUAGUAUCGUUUGAAUGUAAUUUCGUUGACAUUUUUAUAAAUUGUUUUUUCGUCUUCUGAUUUCGAUCUGUACAUCGAUCUCGCGCGAGUUCCGUUCGAAUAAAAUAAUCAAUUACAUUAAACUGUCGUGUUUUUUUCGAUUUUCGUCCGGACGCUCCAGACGAUAUAGUUAAAUAGACAAUCCGUCGUCGUCGAGUUUAAUAUUUUGCUUUUCCCGUAGCUCUCGGAAAACGGACGACGGUCCUGCGAGGGAAUUUUUCCCGGUUUUUUUUUCCGAAAGAGACUGCGGUUUUUACAAUUUUAUAUACAUUUUUUAAAUUUUUUGGUACAUCUCAUCGUGCGUGCGUGCGCGUUGGCGACACGCCGAGUGACCGUCGAAAACGACCGGUGGGAUUACGCGGACUAAAAUCACGUUGCCGGGUGCCGCCAAAAUGGUGAACCCGAGCACGGAAUCCAUACUAAACCAGAUGACCAACCUGGCCAUGGACAUCGCCCUGGACUACGUGUUGCCCGCGUCGCCGAUGAGCGACGUGUGCAAGAACGACUUAUUCGAUUUCGAACGGGACGUAGUCGUCGCGGCUGUUAGCGGUGGCGCGUCCGCCGGAGGCCUGCUAAACAGCUUGGUGGCUGGCACCGCGGGCACUGCUGGAGGCUGUUGCGGCCGGCCGCCCACCGACCUUUGCAAGAAAAACAGUUACAUGGGCGCCGCGGGAUGUGAUUCGUGCGAUGCGUGCCUGGCCAGGACCGCCGCGGCCGCUGUGGCCGCUGACCUCUAUUCGCCCAGCAGCUGUACUGCUACAACCGUUGUCCCGUCGGUGUCUGCGUCCGCUUCACCGACAUCGUCGACUGCCUCGUCUACGCCUUCAUCGUCCGCCUCAUCCACACCGUCGCAGCAGCCGACCGCCGAGACGACGAUGGACAUCAGUUGGUGCCAGUUCGACGGGUGCGAGUUCGACACGGCCGACAACAGUUACCUGGACAUUUGCGAUUGGAUAUUUUACGCCGACCGGUAUGCGCUUACAGACGAAAACCGCGAGAAGGUGCAGAAAGCGUUCCAGAUGGUGCCACCCGGUGAGGUGACCGGUUACGUGGCCGAACCUGCGGCCAAGCACUUCAAGAGGAACAACGACAACUCGGCCCAGGCGUGCGCGGCGUUGGACGUCGGCGAUUCCCCGGCCGUGGCCGCGGUAGCUGCAGCCGCCGCGGCGGCAGCGAUCGUUGGCGGCGUGACCAUCAAGUCAGAGCCAGACGAUGGCGACGACUACUUGUGGACCAGCGACAACCACUUGCUACCGAUCAUACUCAAGGCGGAACCCAACGCUGACAUACUACAGAUCACCGAACUGGACCACAGUUACUUACAGACGCCCACCCACCACCACGGUGGCAACAGCGGCGGCGGCUGCGGUUCGAACAGUUCGUCGACGGUCGUGUCGCCCACCAAACACCACCCCAACCACUUGGUGGACAUGCUCGGACUCGUGACUCCACCCCCAUCCCGUUCGCAGUCUUCCGAAGAAGAAGAGAUCGACGUGGUCAAUGACAGCUGGGACACGCCAGACACGCCUCGCAAGGGCGCCACCAUGGCGGACAUUAUGAAACGCGGCAUAGUCAAGAAGCGCGAACCACCCGUGACCAAGUGGAAGAGCACCGUCAAAAGGAAGCACAAGACCGCUGGUCAGUCGGCCACUGCAGUAGCCGUGGCCGCGGCGUACCCGAUGCCCCCUCCGCCACCUAAGAAGUUGUGCGGUGGAUUGUCGCUAUUGGACCGAUACAAGAAGGACAACACCAACUGGAAGGGCACGGUCAUCAAAGAAGAACCCGUCAUCAAGGAAGAGCCCUUGGACGACUACGGUUCGUCUGCUGGCGAUGACCGCAGUGACGACGACGAGUACGACAGCCGACAGCGUCAGCGACGAAAACAGCGGCAACAACAAGUUCCGCUCACGAUGACCAUCAAAUCAGAACCUUUGGACGAGGAUGAUGACCGUGAAGUCGGUGACGACGAGGACGAGGAUUACGACAUGGAUGCGGACUUUGAGUCGCUGAUGAAAAACGAACCGGAUGACAUAUUCGAAGACGAUUACGAUGAUUACGACGACGACCACGACAUGGACUGGGAAAAAGUGUUGCGAGGUGCUUCGACGACGUCGAGUGGCGGCCGCAAGUCUUCCGGUGGUUCGUCGUCGUGCAGCUCGUCAACCACGGGCGGUGGCCGCAAAAAGAAGAAGAAGAAGAAAAAGAAGGCGACCGCGUCCGGGACGUCGAAGUCGUCAUCGACCAAGCUACACAACCCCCACCAGUCCGGCGCUGGCAAGAAGAUCAAGUACGAGAACGUCGGCGGUGGCGGUUACAGCUACAAGACCAAGCUAAUGGACCCCGUCAAGAGGGCGCUGCACAACGACCUGGAGAAGUCGCGGCGCGUCGAGACCAGCAUGCUGUUCAUGAACCUCAGCAUGCAGGUGUCGUACCUGGACGACAACCGCAAGAUACCGUCCAAGCUGAGCAUACUGCGCGGCGCCAAGCGGGAGUGCGACCUCAUGAUGCUGGACGAGCGGCGGCUGCUGUCCGAGAAGCACGUCAUGCAGCAGAAACAGCGCAUGCUCCGCGAGCGGCUGUUCGAGCUCCGGCGCGAGCACUACCAUCGGCGGUACGGAAAGUCGAAACAAACAUCAUCAUCAUCAUCCAACCACCUAUCACACAACCAACAACAACAACAGAAACAGCAUUAGUCGUCGCGGUGAGAACGCAUCUUAAUAUUUCUAAUAUUAAUAUAUUGUUAUUAUUAUUAUUCUUAAAACAUUAUCUUCUCGCCCGCUACACGAAGCAAACACAAACAUUCAAACAAACAAAUACACAUAUACACACACACACGAUCUGCGCAAUGCACUGCGUUCGUCCUGCGCGUCCUUUUAUUAUUUAAUUAUUAUUUUUUUAAUUUCGAAGAACGGUUGCUCAAAUAUAUUUUUAAACAUAUAUUAAUUU